AUGCAAUUUCAGCUGAGCCUUUUUUUGCAUCUUGGGUGGCUGAGUGGCUGGAAAGCAGAAGAUGAAUGUGGCAGAGGUGCCUGCCGACCGAGCCCCGGCAAUCUCCUUGUGGGACGUAGUGCACAGCUUACUGCAUCGUCUACCUGUGGGCUGAAAGAAGCCCAAAAGUACUGCAUUCUCAGCUACCUAGAGGGGGAACACAAAUGCUUCAUCUGUGACUCUCGACUUCCAUAUAAUCCGCACACCCAGCCCAACAGCCACACUAUUGAGAACGUAAUUCCAAGUUUUGAACCACACAGAGAAAAGACAUGGUGGCAAUCUGAAAAUGGUCUUGAUCAUGUCAGCAUCAGAUUGGACCUAGAGACACUAUUUCAGUUCAGCCACCUUAUACUGACCUUCAAGACUUUUCGACCUGCUGCAAUGUUAGUAGAGCGUUCCACCAACUAUGGACACACCUGGAAAGUGCUCAAAUAUUUUGCAAAAGACUGUGCUAUUUCUUUUCCUGGCAUCACUGCUGGCCAGGCCCAGAAAGUGGGAGACCUUGUCUGUGACUCCAGAUAUUCAGAUGUCGAGCCCUCAACUGGAGGCGAGGUUGUUUUAAAAGUUUUGGACCCUAGUUUUGAAAUAGAAAACCCUUACAGCCCCCAAAUUCAAGACCUUGUAACAUUAACAAACCUGAGGAUAAACUUUACCAAACUCCACACCCUUGGGGAUACUUUACUUGGAAGGCAACAAAAUGAUUCCCUUGAUAAAUACUACUAUGCACUCUAUGAGAUGAUCGUUCGGGGAAGCUGUUUUUGCAAUGGCCAUGCAAAUAAGUGUGAACCUUUACAGCAGGUGCAGGGAGACAUUUUCAGCUCCACAGCAGUGGUUCAUGGGCACUGUGUCUGUCAGCACAAUACAGAUGGCCCCAACUGUGAGCGAUGUAAGGACUUCUUCCAGGAUGCUCCUUGGAGGCCAGCUGUGGGUGCUCAGGACAGCGCUUGCAGAGCAUGCAGCUGUAAUGGCCACUCGGAGCGCUGUCACUUUGACAUGACCGCAUACCUGGCCAGUGGUGGCCUCAGUGGAGGCGUGUGUGAGGACUGCCAGCAUCACACCGAGGGCCAGCACUGCGAGCGCUGCAGACCCCUCUUCUACAGGGACCCCUUCAAGGCCAUCUCGGAUCCCUAUGCAUGCCUCCCUUGUGAAUGUGACCCCGAUGGGACCCUGUCUGGUGGCAUUUGUGUGAGCCACUCUGAUCCUUCCCUAGGAUCUGUGGCAGGCCAGUGCCUGUGUAAGGAGAAUGUUGAAGGAGCCAAAUGUGACCAGUGCAAACCCAGCUACUUUGGCCUGAGUGCCUCUGACCCUUUGGGCUGCAGACCCUGCGGCUGUCACCCCCUUGGGAGUCUUCCAUUUUCGACCUGUGAUAUGGAUACAGGCCAAUGCUUUUGCCGGGCCUAUACCACAGGGCCACGCUGUGAAGAAUGCACUGCUGGAUCCUGGGGCCCAGGCGACCAUCUCCAUGGCUGUGCUCCCUGUGACUGUGCUAUUGGAGGUGCUUAUUCCAACACGUGCUCACCCAAAGAUGGGCAGUGUGAUUGCCGCCCACACGUCACUGGCCGCAGAUGCACGGAACCUGCCCCAGGUUAUUUCUUUGCUCCUUUGAAUUUCUAUCUCUAUGAGGCAGAGGAAGCUUCACCUCUCCAAGGACUUGCACCUUUGAUAUUAGCAACAGCUUUGCCAACGUGUGAUGUGUAUUUCCAGCAACAAGGAAAUGAUUUCACAAUGGACAGAGGAAAUAUAAUACUGAACAAAAAUCAGAAGCAAAGCCUACGUGCUGAUGAGCAGAAUAAG